AUGAAGCACCUCGCCGCUUUCCUUCUCCUCGGCCUUGCCGGCAACACCUCCCCCUCUGCUGAGGACAUCAAGGCUGUCCUCUCCUCCGUCGGCAUUGACGCUGAUGAGGAGCGCCUCGGCCAGCUCCUGAAGGAGCUCGAGGGCAAGGACAUCCAGGAGCUCAUCGCUCAGGGCUCUGAGAAGCUCGCCUCCGUUCCCUCUGGCGGUGCUGCCGCUGGUGCUGCUGCUCCCGCCGCUGCCGCUGGCGGUGACGCUGCUGCCCCCGCUGAGAAGAAGGAGGAGGAGAAGGAGGAGGAGUCCGACGAGGACAUGGGCUUCGGUCUCUUCGACUAA